CUGAAAUUUCCCCGUCCGACAAGUGUCAAGAACAAAACCCCGGCCACCAUCCAAAUCACCGCCGACCAGAUCCUCCGCGAGCGUCAGGAGGCCGAAGUCCGGCCGCCCAAGCAGAAAAUCACCGACACCGCCGAGAUUGGUAAUACCUCCUCCGCAAGCGCAAGGAGUUACGAGGACCUAAUCCAGCGGAUGCUGUGGAACAUGCGCGAGCGCCGGGCAGAUUUUCAAGCGGUUGUUGGGGUGGAUUCCCUGUCAGAAGAGCUGGCUUUCGUACAUAAAUUUCGAGCUGAGAUUUUGAAGAAAUACUUUGAGAUUGAGUUGCAACUUGGUAACAUAGAACGGUGCAGAAAAUUUCAUGAGAAGUGUUUAGAGUGGUCACUGGAGAAUUGCUAUGCAUGGAGCAUGUAUGCUGAGCUGGAGAGAUAUCAUUGGAAGAAACUGAAAGAGCCCGAGCUCUUUUUAAGCUUGCAAUUGAUCAACCUGCACUAGACAUGCCAUAGCUUCUGUUGAAGGUACUCAUUUCUUGUGAACACUUU